AUGGGGAAGCUAUUACAAUUGGCGUUACAUCCGAUCGAGUUGAAAGCAGCUUUGAAGCUGAAGUUUUGCAGAACACCGCUAUUUUCCAUCUAUGAUCAAUCCACGUCUCCAUAUCUCUUGCACUGUUUCGAACUGUUAAACCUGACCUCCAGAUCCUUUGCGGCUGUGAUCAGGGAGUUGCAUCCAGAGUUGAGAAACUGUGUUACUCUUUUCUAUUUAAUUUUGAGAGCCUUGGACACCAUCGAAGACGACAUGUCCAUUGAACACGAUUUGAAAAUCGACUUGUUGCGUCAUUUCCACGAAAAAUUGCUGUUGACCAAAUGGAGGUUUGACGGCAAUGCCCCCGACGUGAAGGACAGAGCCGUUUUGACGGAUUUCGAAUCGAUCCUUAUCGAAUUCCACAAGUUGAAGCCGGAGUACCAGGACGUCAUCAAAGAGAUCACCGAAAAAAUGGGCAAUGGUAUGGCAGACUACAUAUUGGACGAAAACUAUAACCUGAAUGGGUUGCAAACCGUCCACGACUACGACGUCUACUGUCACUACGUGGCCGGCUUGGUCGGAGAUGGGCUAACCCGUUUGAUCAUCAUUGCCAGGUUUGCCAACGAAUCGUUGUAUUCCAACGAACAGUUGUAUGAAAGCAUGGGUCUUUUCUUGCAAAAGACAAACAUCAUCAGAGACUACAACGAAGAUUUGGUCGAUGGCAGAUCCUUCUGGCCCAAGGAAAUCUGGUCUCAAUAUGUUCCUCAGUUGAAGGACUUUAUGAAACCUCAAGACGAGCAACUGGGCCUGGAUUGUAUAAAUCAUCUCGUUUUAAACGCAUUGGGCCAUGUCAUCGAUGUGUUGACCUAUCUGGCCAGUAUUCACGAGCAAUCCACUUUCCAGUUUUGUGCCAUCCCACAAGUCAUGGCCAUUGCCACAUUGGCCCUGGUGUUCAACAACCGUGAAGUGCUACAUGGUAACGUAAAGAUCCGUAAGGGCACCACCUGUUAUUUAAUUUUGAAAUCAAGGUCCCUACGUGGCUGUGUUGAGAUCUUUGAUUACUAUUUACGUGAUAUCAAAUCCAAGUUGGCCGUACAGGACCCAAAUUUCUUAAAGUUGAACAUUCAGAUCUCCAAGAUCGAACAAUUCAUGGAAGAAAUGUAUCAAGAUAAACUUCCUCCUAAUGUGAAACCAAACGAAACUCCAAUUUUCUUGAAGGUCAAGGAAAGAUCCAGGUACGAUGACGAAUUGGUACCAACCGAGCAAGAAGAAGAGUACAAGUUCAACAUGGUCUUAUCCAUUGUCUUGUCCAUUCUUCUUGGGUUUUACUAUAUAUACACUCUACACAGACAGUAG